AUGGGUACGCAUGAAACUAGAGAGCUUUUGGUCAUUAACCUCUCCGACAAGAACCUGAAAACGGACACACAGCUAUGGAACUCGACGAGAGUCAGCGUCCGUGAAGCCAUGGAACAUCAUGGAUGGUUUGUGGCAGAGUACAACAACUUUCCAACAGAACUCCACCAAUCGAUUUUGAAGGUCGCUAAGGAACUACUCGAUCUUCCUCUCGAAGUCAAGCUAAAGAACGAGAACCACAAGGCUGGACAUGGUUACAUCACCAUGAUCUCCGAUGAUCAGCCUGUUCAUGAAGGUCUUGGUAUCGACCAAGUCAACGACAUCCAACAAUGCCGCCGAUUCUCUAGUCUCAUGUGGCCUAAUCACCAUGACAAUGACCGUUUCUGUGAAACUGUUUACGCAUAUGCGAAAAUGCAAGCGGAACUUGAGCAACUGGUGAUAAGGAUGCUCUUUGAGAGCUAUAACUUGGACAAGUAUGCAGAGAAACACAUAGGAGAAACAAGGUACCUUCUUCGAUUGCUUAAAUACAGGAGAUUACCUAAUGGAGAACCCAACAGGAAGUUUAUUUCUCAUACGGACAAAAGCUUCAUCUCCAUUCUCCAUCAAAACCACAUCAAUGGACUCAUGUUGAAAUCCGAAAAAGACGAUGUUUGGUAUCCUUUUACACCUUCACCAACUCGGUUUGCUGUUAUAGCAGGCGAUGCCAUCAUGGCGUGGAGCAAUGACAGAAUCAAAUCUUGUUAUCACAAGGUGGAGAUGGAAAGCGUGGAAGAGAGGUAUUCAUUAGGGUUCUUCUCGUUCCAAGAAGGGAUGAUAUCGAUACCAGAGGAAAUGGUGGACAAGGACUAUCCUUUGGCAUACAAACCAUUUCGCCAUGACGGACUUCUUGAUUUUUAUGAAACAUUGGAGGUUCAUCUCAAGGCUCACCGUACCAUGACCAAGGCCUAUUGUGGCAUCCCACAAGCGUGUGAAUGA